AUGUCUCCUUUCUUCUUCCGUACUCUUGUACUUACGCUGGGCGUUUUACCCACACAAGCAUCAUGGUUGCCUCAACCCUCGUCGCACAGCAUCCUCGGUUCUCGUUCUUGGACUGUGCACAAAAAAGCUGGAACUGCCUCAGGACAAGGUGGAAGGCGAUUUGAAAAUACCACAACUCUAUAUAUUUCUGGACCCUCCGCAAGCAUCACAAUACCGACUCCAACUUCCCAAGGUAAGACCGUCACGUCCGUCGUACCGAUGUACGAGCUAUGCGAUGUGCCAGGCAAGAGUACUACCAGCUGCUCGACGGCAUUCGAGACUGUCACAACCGAAUCUUGCUCUACUAUUUUGACGUAUGCAUUUACGAAGACUACGAUCAGCGAUUGUAGCCACAAUAUAACAUUCUCAUCUCGUACUACAUAUGCGUUACUUACGACGACAUUGACACCAUCUGAAGCUAUUUUGCCGACUCCAGUUACAUAUAUUCAGAGCAUAGUAUCGUUAUAUGCAGCACCAUGGCAAUCUCUAGCAGCAGAUACACCAGGUGGAAUUACCGUGCUGAUCUGCACAACUGAUUUCAUGGGUCAGAAGGCUUGUGUCCUGAUUGCGGAGGUUUGGGUCGUUCGUACGGAGUAUGUACCUAUAACCACAACAAGCACGUUUUCGCUCUCUACGUCUUUCUCAUCCGAUGCCAUUCUCCUCCUUGGACCAACCCAGAGCCUCGUUGUACCAGCGGGCAACUUCACCCUUUCAACCCUCGUCCAGUGCUCCACUAUGUCUCCAAGGGCCACAACCUCAACUGUCGUAUCUACCACCAGUCAGAGCAUGUCUGAAGCUGGGACAGUCUUGGGUGUUAAUCCCAUCAACGACUCAGUCCAGACUUUAAACACAUCUGUAAUUGGGACAGUGACAGGUGAGGCUUCGACAAUAACGAAGACGUUGAGUUUGAUUGAGGAUCUCGUGAAGCCAACGAAGGCAGCUAUCUUGGCAGGUGUUUCCGUAGAACCGCGAAACAACCACUCUGACAUCGACCACUACCCUGACUAG